CUCUAUACAUAUAAAGGAAGGCUGCUUCUUUCCAUUAACCAUCCUGACUCUCACACAGAACGGUUCUGCUCGCAACCCUCUUGCUUCAACCAUGAAUUCUUCAGUUUUGAUUGUUGUCUUUGUCGCCGUCUUUGCUGCAACAGCGUCAGCUCAAGGACUUGGAGCACUGCUGGCCCUGAGUGGAGGUUUGGGUGGUAUGGGUAGCCCGUUUGGUGGCGCAGGUGGAGCAGGUGGUGCAGGUGGCGCUGGCGGGAUGGGAGGAAUGUUUGGCAAUUCAGGUCUCAGCCAACAGCUGCUUCAAUGCCGACUCCUGAGCCGAAUCUUCCCGAUGGAAAUGUGAAGGUGUCCGUGGGAAUUCUGGAAAUACUACAAUGGCAAUAAUUCAUCAUAAAUUGCCAAACAUUUAAAAUUGAUAAAUCAUUUAUCAAUAAACAAGGUAUUCGAUAACAA